AUGGGUGUCCGGAAAGAGUUUGUCCGGAAGCAGCCGCACCUGGGCAGCCUGAGCCCCUUCUUCCUCACCUGCACCGCCUACUUCCUCCUCUGGAUCCCUGAGGACCCGCCGUCCAGGGUGGGCGCCCUGGUCAAGUGCCUGCCGGUGCUGAGCCUGGUGGGGCUCCUGCGGGCCGGCCCCGGGGGGCGCUCCAGCCUCCGCCUGCAGGUGGCCCUGCUCCUCUCGGCCCUCGGGGAUGCCUGCCUCAUCUGGCCCGAGAGCUUCCUCUAUGGUGUCCUCGCCUGCACCAUGGCCCAGCUGUUCUAUGUCCGGGCCUUCGGGUUCAGACCCCUGCGGCCCGGCCUCCUGCUGCCCAUCGUCCUGGCCUCCCUCCCGUUCUCCGGCCUCCUGCUGCUGCACUGCUCCUCAAGCCUGGUCCUGCCCCUGUCGGCCUACGCGCUGGCCCUGUCCACCAUGCUGUGGCGCGGCCUGUGCCCCGGCCUCCUGCUGCCCAUCUUCCUGGCCUCCCUCCCGUUCUCCGGCCUCCUGCUGCUGCACCUCCCGCCAGACCUGGUGCUGCCCCUGUCGGCCUACGCGCUGGCCCUGUCCACCAUGCUGUGGCGCGGCCUGGCCAGGGGCGGGAGCGCCCGCUGGGGCGCCCUGCUCUUCGCCGCCUCCGACUCCCUGCUGUCCUGGCACACCUUCAUCCAGCCGCUGGCCCACGGCCGCCUGCUGAUCAUGGCCACCUACUACGCCGCCCAGCUGCUCAUCACCCUGUCGGCCCUCCAGAGCCCCAAGCUCAAGACCGACUGACCCGGGGCCCCGAUGGCCGGCGUCCGCCCACUCCGCUCCUGCAGGGACCCGGGCCUUCCAGCCGGGCCCAGACCGGGCGCCGCCCGUGGGGGCCGAGCCAGGCUCCCGGAGUCCCGUCUGCAGGCCUCCGUCCACCUGUGGGAGCCGUGUGCAGACUUCCGAACACCUCCCCUGGGUUCUGAUCCCGGGUUCCAGGCCCCUCGGCCAGGCCCAGGCUGGGCCUGCCAAGCCCUGCCCGCUCCUGUGAGUCCGGGGCCUCCGGAGUCUGUGGGAAGCAGGGGAGACGGUUGGAAAGUGUGUGAGGAGGAAAUUCCGAAAUCCCGCCCCGUUUAUCGGGAUUCCCACUGAGCGGAGUUUGGCCAAAGGCGCUGGCCCGGGUUGUUCCGUGACCUUUCCCACAAGUCUGUGCUCCUGCGGCCCCCCAGGUGUUCACCGGAACCCUUAUGCUGAAUCUCUGGGUGUCCUUGCUCAGAGGACACUGCAGACACAUGUGCCCCCCAAGAUUACUUCCCCAACUGAUUGUAUCCGAAAGGUCAACUUUAUCUCACGCUGCUGCAAUAAAAGCCUGACGAGGCCGGUG